AACAAACAUUUGUUGACGUUUCACGUAAGCGAUCUAAUUUAAGAGCAACAGGAGAAGAAUAGACGAAGAAUUAGACAAGCGUCAACGUGAUAGACAGGCGAGAGCAGAGUGAACGCUGUAACUCACUGUGGUCGUUGGGAGUCCGACAGUGAGUCAGCGCAGCGGCUGCGGCAGUGUUGUGGCGACCUCGCUCUCAACAUCGCACUCCCAGGCUGCACGUCUCUUCUCCGGCGGGGGAUGUGAGCGUCGGCAGCGGUCAGCAGUGUACCAUUUAAGACUAAAAGUGAGCGACAGUGACUGUGGGCGGUAGCGUGUGUGGGCGGUGGUGUGGCGAUGUGGCAGAGGGCGGCGGCGGCGAAACAGCGGCGGUGAACAGAACUGAGCGGCCGCCACCCGCGGGGGAGGCAGGGCGGCCGGCCCCGCAUGUGUCCAGAGAUGAGCGCUGAGGCGGCGCUCGGGGCCUGGCACCGCCCGCCGGAGGACGCGGAAACCUUGCAACAACAUGACGGAGACACGGAGGACAGAACGGUAAUUCCAGUGUGCUCGGAAGAGCGCGCCGAUCUCAGACAACGGACUGGGGAUGACAGUGACAGCGACAUUAGCGUGGGGUGCCCCUCGCCCAGGCCUGGUAAGGAAGACCUCGUUGAAAAUGGGAACAGCACGCCGCAGGAUGUCAGUGAAGCCCUGCAGGCGGCAGCUGCGAUCACGCCUAGCCCAGGGGUGGCCUCUGAUAAAUACCAGGAAGAUGGGGUCACGUCCCCCGAAAGCGCCAUGUCUCCGCCUGCGGCUCGGUCCCCCCUGGCCAAGGAAGGAGGCGAGGACGAGUAUUUCAAGCCCCUCAAGAAGCUGAGGAUGGUGCAGCUGCAGCAGGAGGAAGCGGCGCUGGCGGCACGGACACAAGCCGGUGUCAAGUCCUUCUCUAUCGCAGAGAUACUGAAUCACAAACCAGUGGUGGCUAAGGCCCCGGAGCCCACGGGGGCCCGAAUCGUGCGGCCCUGGGACACUGACGACGACGACGAUGGCUCGCGACCCCAGUCAGUGGACGACAUGAGCGUGUCGUCAGCCUCCUCCUCUGUGGGAUCACCACGGCCAGUCUCCAGCGGCCCAGGGUCAACAAAUUCAGGCCACAGCCAGGCCAGACCACGGGGAAAAGACGGCAACCCUCUGGACGCUCUUUUCCAGAUGACCAGCAAAACCUUCGAGGGACUCAAGAGCGGCCAGCAGGCAGACGGGUCGGGGAGCCAUCUCAACCUCUUCAGCAACAAACAGCCACCUAAAAAGAAGAGAAAGAGCCGCACCGCCUUCACCAACCACCAGAUAUUUGAGUUGGAGAAGCGGUUCCUCUACCAGAAGUACCUUUCGCCCGCUGACAGGGACGAGGUAGCACAGAGCCUCGGCCUGAGUAAUGCGCAGGUGAUCACGUGGUUCCAGAACAGGCGGGCUAAGCUGAAGAGAGACAUGGAAGAGCUGAAGAAGGACGUCACCUCCCAUAAAUUACUGAGCGACCACUCCGCCUUCAUCAAGACCAUGACGGAGAUGGGCCUGCUCAAACACAAACCAGGAGAAGUGUUUGAUUUCAAGAAGCUUGCAGAAUGAUGCUGAGAAAUGGACUCUCUCUCUCUCUCUCUCUCUCUCUCUCUCUCUCUCAUGGGAAGUCUUCGUAUGUCUUUCAUAACAAGUUUCGUAGGUGGACUCUCUCUCUCUCUCUCUCUCUCUCUCUCUCUCUCUCUCUCUCUCUCUCUCUCUCUCUCU